AUGGCUGAACACAACUCAGAUGUCUCUCAAAAUCCCAAAGGGACAGCAGUCACGGAACAGCCUGAUUCUCCCAGAGACCAUAAAGUCGACAGUGUGAUCAAUGAAAAGACUGGGGAAGUCUCGGUCGAGUCGCCCCAGGAUGAUACGGAAUACGUCAAAGGACAUCCCGUUAUUCGCAAUGGCCUCGACGUCUCCAAAUUCAUCGUCUCGACACGCGACGAUGGCGAUCCUGCCUUUACCUUUCGGUCCAUUGUCCUAGGCACCGCCUUUACUGCGCUUUCCAGUGUGAUUACAAUGCUCUACGUCUUCAAACCUUACCAAGCGCAAGUUUCUGCCACUUUUCUACAGCUCCUCGUCUUCGUCUUCGGCCAAGCCUGGGCGCUUUUCACCCCUAGUCCGGAAAAAUUCAAAUCUAAAUGGAUACGAAAUACGCUCCGAUUUCUCAAUUUCGGACAGAGCUUUGGAAUCAAAGAACAUGUGGUCUCUGCCUUGAUCGCCUCGUGCGGUAAUAAUGGUCUCUCCGGAGUCGAGGUUUAUGCUGUCGAGCGACUGUUUUACAGUACAAGCGUGUCGGCAACCACGGCUGUCUUGGGCACAUUCUCCAUUUCGCUCGUGGGAUUCGUAAUCGCUGGUGUGCUUCGCCCUUUGAUUGUCUAUCCUGCUGAAAUGGUAUACUGGUCGACUUUGCCUCAAGUGGUCCUCUACCAGAACCUGCAUUUCGAUACCCGUGCAAAUAGAGGCCGUUUGAUCAAGUUCGGCUGGGCUCUUCUGGCUUCGGCUGUCUGGGAGUUUUUCCCAGCUUAUAUCGUGACUUGGUUCUCCGGAAUCUCGAUAUUCUGUCUCGCAUCGAUGCAUGCUCCGGAACAUACCCGAACCGUAUUCUCCAAGGUCUUCGGUGGAGCUUCCUCUAACGAAGGCUUGGGUAUACUGAACUUUAGUCUUGAUUGGCAAUACAUUCAAAGCACCUAUCUUUCGCUACCUUUGAAACAACAGCUGAAUACAUGGAUUGGCUACGUUAUCUUCUACGCUGUUAUGCUCGGUUUGUACUACGGCAAUGCUUGGAAUGCCUUGAGACUGCCGUUCAUGUCUACCUCCCUGUUCCACUCGAACGGUACACGGUAUGAUACCAGCUCUAUUAUGAACAACCAUGGUACGAUUGAUUUUGAGAAGGUCGACAGCGUCGGAUUGCCAUACAUGACUUCGUCCACCGUCUGGGGAUAUCUGACGGAGAGCUUAGCUAUCGGGGCUUUGAUCACUCAUGUCCUUAUAUUCUAUAGCAAGGAUAUGUGGCUUGCUUUGAAACAGGCACAUAGCAGAACACAGCCAGAUCCGCAUUACCAGGGAAUGCUGAAGUAUAAGGAAGCCCCCAUGUGGUGGUACUUUGUACUUUUUGUUCUUGCGUUUUUUGCCGGCCUGAUCGUCAACAUUAAAGGUCAAACUACCCUACCCGCGUGGGAAUAUAUUGUUUCUCUUAUCUUGGGCGCUUUCAUUGCGCCUUUUUCCUGUAUUCUUUACGGCCUGUACGGCACUGGUGUCGGGACAAACCUGAUUUCCAAGAUGAUCGCAGGUGCCUUGCACCCUGGACGCCCUCUAGCCAACCUUUACUUUGCAAGCUGGUCUCAUCAGGUUAUUCUACUUGCAGUGAACUUGGCCAAUUGGCUCAAAGUAGGCCAGUAUACCAAAAUCCCCCCUCGAGUGAUGUUCCUCACUCAGGUAUACGGCACCCUGUUGGGAGCAUUCUUGAACUACGCCGUCAUGACGACUAUCGUCAGCAGUCAACGCGAAAUCCUUCUCGAUCCUAUCGGCAACAACGUCUGGAGCGGGUCGUAUGUUCAAAGCCUAAACACCAACGCAAUCACAUGGGCACUGGCAAAGGAGAUGUACGGAAUACACGGACAAUACAUCAUCGUUCCCUUGGGUCUAGUCAUCGGUCUUGCUAUGCCCGUCUUGCAUUGGGGUGUGAUCAAAGUAUUCCCGCGAGUCGCCAAAUGGGAAAUCAACACUGCAAUUAUUCUAACCUAUGCCGGUCUGAUAUACUUUGGCAAUACAUCGUGGAUCUGGUCCACGAUUGUGGUUGGAGUUUUCUCUCAGGUCUGGCUUCGGCGUCGUCUGCCGGGGGUUUAUAAUAAGUACAAUUAUCUCAUCGGAGCUGCGUUGGAUGGUGGAUCGCAACUUAUUAUCUUCAUCUUGUCGUUUGCGGUGCUUGGGGCAAGCGGUUCGCAGGUUCCUUUUCCGACUUGGUGGGGGAAUCCUUCUGGGAACCCGGAUCAUUGUCUCUAA